AUGAAUGGCUUCUGUCUGGUAACGCCAGCCUCUCGAGGGCUGGGCUUUGCCUUUGCCAAACACAUCUUGACGCAUUCCAAUCUCCCCGUCGUAGCCACUGCCCGCCACAACUGCGAUGCUGUGCGCGAUCAACUGCUGGAGGGAAUCGACGACAAGGAGCGACUGCAUGUCCUGCCUGUCGAUGUAACAGAUGAAUCAACCAUUGCCAACAUGGCCACUCACCUCCGCAACACCUAUCCCUCCACCCCCCUCCGUCUCGUCCUCACCGUCCCCGGCAUUCUACACGUCGAGAAAUCGCCGUCUCAAAUCGACGCCCAGAACGCCCUGCACAGCUUCCAAGUCAACACUCUCGGCCCAAUGCUGCUCCUCAAACAUCUCACGCCCUUUCUGCCAACUAAAUCCUCACCCCCAUUCACCCCCGACCAAGGGCUGAAUCUCCCCUCCCACGCCAUCUACGCCAUGAUGGCCGCCCGCGUGGGUUCUAUCUCCGACAAUGCCACGGGCGGAUGGUACUCAUAUCGCGCGAGUAAAGCAGGCGUGUUCCAGCUAGCCAAAACGCUGGAUUUGUAUCUCAAGACGAGGAGUGGGAAGAGGGCUGUGGCGGUCGCGACGCAUCCCGGCACGGUGAAGACGGAGUUUACGAGGGAUUAUUGGGGGAGGGAGAUGUUGAGUGCGGACGAAGCGGCGGGGAGGUUGAUAAAUGUGUUGUCUACGUCGAUGGAGGGAAGGGGGAGAUGUUGGGAUUGGAGGGGGGAUGAAGUCUUUCCUUGA